AUGGCACAGUGCCAGUGCGAUGGAAUCCUGGCUCGCGCGGGAAUCGCGACAAUUGAAUCUCCCGACUUCACGCCGAGGCAAAUCGAUUGCGACGGGAAGACAAAUGAACCUGCGACAAUGUUGCAGCUGGAUUCCGCGAUCCAAAUGCAGGUGCGCAGAGCUUGUCGCUGUUGCGAAACAAAUGAGCAGUGGGCUCCGCGAAAUGACAAAUUCUUUUGCAAACGUUGGAAAGGGCGAUCGCACUGUGCAAUUCCCCUCAAAACCGAAUGCACAGUGCAAUCUCAUCGUGUGGAGUUCAAAGAGUCAGCGAUAACUUCCGCGACAUCUGGUCCCAUCGAGAAGUCCGAGUCGCCCUCGGGAGGGAGUGUCGCUGCCCGGACCGGCCGUCCUUCCUCUCCCGUUCUCUUUGUUUUUUUCGUCGCUCGUAAAAUUUUUUGGGGCGGCGGACCACACGCACUGUGCAGUGCGAAAAAAACGCCUGCAAUGGGAAGAGGAAAGAAAGAGAGAGGCCGAACGCACGGUGCGCCGGGAAGACGGGACGGGAACAGCGAAAAGGGCAAUUGCACGGUGCAGUCAGCUGUCAGUGCACGGUGCGAUCCCCAUAAAAACAUCAGAAGCGAUCGACGCAAAAAACGGCGACAUGUGAGGGCUAAAAAUAACGACAUUUAUGGGCAGAGAAUCAUCGCAAAUUCCUCCGGAGUUUUGAUAUGA